GUGGGAGGGGACACCGGUUUAUGGAUCGGUGAGGUGUGCAGCCAGCUCGAGCAGUUGUGCGUGUAACCGAUGAGCAUGAGGAGUGAGAGCAAAGAGGGGCAGUCGUGAAGGCAGGUGGAAACUGUAUCAAGCAGCGAGGGAGCACACGUAGUAAUCAGUGUUCGAAGGGCGGGGAGGGCGACAGCAGCACCGAGCAGCGUCCAUGUAUCCUCCGCAGGCAACGCCAGGGGCAUAUCCGGGGAACUACGACGGAUCAGCGCAUACACCCAGCCCUGCUCCAACACCCCCUCUGCCUCCACCUCCACCUCCACCUCCCCUAUCCCAGCCGGCAGCACCAGGAGGGGCUUGUUAUAACUGUGGGGAGUAUGGACAUUACGCGAGGGAUUGCCCACAUAGGCAGAAUGGGAGAGGUUGGCAAGGCCAGGGUCGGGGGAGUUACGGAUCGGGGAGUUAUGGACAGGCCGCUUACAACCAGCCUAGAAGGAACGAGGAUGAGGAUCGAAUGAACAGGCUGCUCUCGUUUGUCGAGAACCAGCAGCUAGAGGCAGCGGAGAAGAAGAGGGUUGACCAGGAGAAGAAGAGGCAGGAAGAAGAGAAGCAGAGAUUAGAGGAAGCUAAGCUGAGAGAGGAAGCAGAGAAACGAUGGACGCAGACAAUUAUGGAAGCAACAGCGGCGCAAGCGUUCGCGAAGGAGAUGGCGGCCUUGGAAGAGAAGAUCAAGGAUCACGUGAACGUGAAGAUUACAGUGUCGGAGGAAAAGAGUACAAAGCUGCAAGAUAGCUUGAUGCGGUUUCUGGAGCGAGAGGCAGAUGCUGGAGAGAGGAGUGCAGCUACACCCAUUACCAAGAAGCGAACUGCGAUUACGAGGAAAGGAAAAGAGCCAGCUAGUGCAGAGCCGAAGAAAGGAGCGGUGGCAUCGAGCUCCAAGCAAGGGGUGAUCUAUUUUGUCCUCGAGCUGAGGGAGAGUAUGCAGUUGAAGCAAGCGCCAGAGCUCAAACGGAUGUGUAAAGUAAAGAAUAUUAGAUGGGUGUCGAAGGCACAAGCGAUCAAGGACUUGGUGGCAACAGAAGCAAGGGUGGCAUAUGAUGGUUGGCUCACCGGGGCUGAAAGUGAUGAGAGUAAGAAGGACGAUGGGAGGUCGGGACUGGUGAGGGUGGUAUGGAAGAAGAACAAAAUGGUGGAGCAGACCUUGACUAAUCAUCGGGAGACAGCGAGGGAGGAGACGGGGAAGUGCACAUGCAGCAAGGACCAACUACCAAGAGUGGAAGGGCAUGUGUUGACAAGGAUUGCGCAAUGCUCUUUGGUUCCAAUGUUUAUGCACAAUGGAAAGAAUAUCCUGCAAAGCGGCGUAGGAGUGAAACCGAUGGAAGUGCAGCGAGCGGUGAAACGGUCUUUGGGAAUGGUAAUGAGAAGAGACAUGUACCAGGUGGCGGGGGAAGAAUGUUUCCAGGAUAUAGUCUUAGAUCAGAUAGAGGCUAGGCCAGCCUGCUCGGAGGAAAGAGCACGGGAGCUGGCAUGUAGGUUGAACCACCUUGUGGUGGUCCCGGUGGAUAGGAACCCAGGAGGCAUGGUGAUCAUGUGUCCGGCGACGUACCACCAUGGCCUCCAGAUGAUGUUCAACCUCAAUGCUGCUUACCACCAGGUUUCAGGGCAGUCAGAGAAGGAGGUGCUUGCACGACUGAGGACGGAGUUCAAGAAGUUUGGUCUCGAUAAGUUAGGGGAGUGGAACCCAGCGGCCGAGCUUGGCCGAGCAUAUGUCUUGCCAAAGCAUAAGGACCUAACGAGGUGGAGGCCUAUUGCACCGGCAAAUGCGGAGGGCUCCAAGACUGCAGGAAGAAGGCUAGCACGGGCGCUUAACUUCCUGCUUGAGAGGGUCCCUAAAGUCAGACACUUUAACCUGAAGGCCACGACGCUACUGAAGUAGAACUUAGAGGAAGGUGGGAGGAGGCUUAGCGUAUACGAAGA